UGCCUAUCCCGCCGAUCUACAACCUUGUUUUGGCCAUGAUGUGGCGCCACCCGGAAAACAUCGAGGUCGACAAAGUAAAAGUUGUUCACUAUUGUGCUGCGGGAUCAAAGCCGUGGAGGUACACCGGGAAAGAAGAGCAUAUGGAUUGGGAAGAUAUUAAGAUGCUGGUGAAGAAGUGGAGGGACAUUUACAAUGACGAGUCCUUGGACUACAACGCAGCUAUAGAUGGUGAAACCAACAAAUUUGUGGCGGUAUUGUUGGAGGCUGGAGUUGCUCAUUUUGUUACUGCCCCAUCUGCCGCCUAGUUUUUUUUUGUGUGUGCUUGUGUUAGGUUACUUUUCCCGAUUGAGCAUAGGCUUACGAAGUUACAAAAAUUAAAGAAGGUGGUUAUUUGUUUUGAAGUUCACCUUUCCUAGAAGUGGAAGUUUGUGUUG